GUCUGCGUACCCUGCCGAAUCGGACCUUGCCCCGUUCUGUCAAUGGAGGCGUGGGACUCUCACGACGAGGAGGAAGAACGGGAGGAGGAGGAGCUCGAUUUCUUCGACGCCCUCGAAUUUUUACCUGAGCAAGACGAGGUAUUCCUCUCCGAUUCCCCUCCGCAUCUUGGAUUGGAUUCGCCGUCCGGGAAGCGGUGGAAGACGUUGCUCCCAUUGGAAGGCCAGGGAUCGGAUUCGGAAUCUUCCACGUCUUCUUCCAUCACCUCAGAAAAAGUUGCUAAUGGAGGAGGAGACGGACGAGAGGAAGUUCCUGCUCAGUCCGGAGCUACAGCCCCUGCCCGUCCAGCUGACUCCGAGGAAAAUGGUGCCCGAUCGCAGCCGCGAAGGGGCUUCUUGGAAUCCUCGGUCGACGUCGUGAUUAAAUCUGUCUUCUUUCAGUUCAGCCUGCUAAUUGGCUUCGCUAAAUUGUCCUUUUGCGUACUGUUUUGCCCUUUCUAUUUCUUUCUCGAUCCUUUCGGCCUUCUUCGCCGGGCAAGUGAUGCAGCAAGGCGGAGGAUUUUUAGAUUGUUCAAGGAUUUCCUCUAUAAAAUUCACCCUUUUUGGGUUGGGAGACUGAUCGAGCCACAGGAGGCUGUGAAAUUGCUGGUGAGGUUGGCAUGGGGUUGCUUCUGGUCACUAUACGUCUGUUUCAUUUUGUUUGCGCUUUUGGCAGCCUCAUCUUUGGCAACGUUUCUGGCCAUGCGUAGGGUAGUGGAAGCUCCAGUAUCCAUGACUGAGGAAUUGAGUUUUGAUUACGCUAAGCCUAUCCCUGAAGCUCUUGUACCUGUAACUACAUCAGAUGGUUGCUUUGGUUCUGGUGAAACAAUUGAUGUUGUAGGCCAUGAAUUUAGGCGGCUUGUUUCUCCUAAUAAAAAACUACAGCUAACCAUUUCAUUGAAAUUACCAGAAUCAGAUUACAACAGAAAGCUUGGAGUCUUCCAGGUAAAUACUUAUAUAAAGAGAUGCAAGAUAUGCAAUGCUGCCCUUGGAUAACUACUCACAAAGUGUCAGAUCGGAAUAGAUGUCCAAGGAGUGAUAUAUAUGUACUUGUAUCUUCUUAAAAGUACGCGACAAACUCCCUCAAACAUGCUUCGGUUCCUUGCCAUAGUGGAUCAUAGAUGACAUGGCAAGGUGCUGAGCCUUCACCAAAUUGCUGGUCCCCGGUAGCAAUAAGCUUUACAUGAUUGUUUAUGGGCAUGCAUUAUUAUGUUCCAUUGGCAGUCAGAGUUAACACUAUUGCUAGUUGCUCUAUCAUUUAUUGCUCUUUAGAUGCUCAUGAAAUACAAGAAUAAACAUAGUUCUUUAUGCAGGAUACUUACUGAUAGAAAGAAUAAAAGAACUGACCUCAGUAAUUGAGAUUGAGCAUCUAGAAGAAAAGAACUGACCUCAGUAAUUGAUACUUAGCAUCUUUUGUUUAUUUAACAUGUACUGGAGAAAUAAUGGUUAACACUGCCACUAUUGAGUCAUAUCUGAAGCGCUUAGAUGCUAUUUGCCACAUUUACAGUUGAAGCUCAACCUCCAACGCCAAAAGUACCAAUCUGUAUUGUAUUUGAUUUCUUCACCAUCAAUUAGGGGACGUUUGGUUCUUUCCUAAGAAUAGGAAUCGGAAUGGGAAUCAUUGUAUUGUGGAAUGGGAAUGGGUAUGAGCAUGGAUAUCA